AUGGAGGCUGGAUAUGGAGUCUGGGGGUCGAGAGGCCCCAAGGAGCUGGAGGAGGAAGGAGAAGCUUCUCUCCAGAUUCUUCCCCGGCUGGUGUCACCUGCAGCCCCACUGCAAGCCCCCACCAUCAUCGUGGACCCACAUCACCCUGUGUAUUUCCCAGGGGAGCGUCUCACCUUCAGAUGCUCAGCCCCUAGCGGAGAGGCGGUGACCAGCUACCAGUUCUACAAUCACCGCGGGGAUCGGGCCUUCACAGAAACCACCGGCCUGCCUGGGGGGCCCUGGCUGGUCCUGACGGCUGAGAUGGGGAAGGCCGGGGCAUACAGCUGUGAGUACUGGGCAGUGAGGGACGGACGGCACAUCUACUCUGCACGCAGCCAGCCCGUCCCGGUACCAGUGAUGGAUUUCCCUGUUGCUCCAUCCAUCUCUGUGAUAUCUGAUCCCCCGGGGAAGAGCCCUGUUACCAUCCUAUGCUCGGCCCCUUUGGGACACGUGGCUACAAGGUACCAGUUCCUGAGGCAGGGGAAUGUCAUUGUCUCACAGCCGGGUGCCCGUCUCCAGCUCCGUCAAUCUCAUUUAGAUGCUACCGGCCCUUACACCUGCAGCUAUGAGAUCAGUGUCUCAGGGAGAACGAUCCAGUCACUGCUGAGUGCCCCCCUCUCAAUCCAUCUGACAGGUCCUUCCGUGCUCCCAGAAAGCUUUCGGCCAACUCUGCGGCUGUUCCCAACGGGCCCUGAGUUCACCACUGGUGAGUCUGUUACCCUGACGUGCUCAGCUCCCAGCUGGGAGAAGAAGAUGCAGUUCUGCUUCCUCAAGGCUGGGGAACAAGUGGCAUGCACGAGACAGGCCCUGGAGGACUCUCAGAGUUACCAGAUUGGCAGACUCGGCAUGGAGGAUUCUGGCUCGUACACCUGUAUGUACUGGGUAGCCGAACCUGGGCAGGAGAUCUCCUCCCUAGAGAGCCAGCCCAUCUCCAUCAGAGUCACAGGUGUCCCACUCCCCCCACCAGCCCCCCAAAUCAUUCUGGAGCCCCCAAAACACAUCUAUUUUCAGGGGGAACAUGUCAAUCUCACCUGCUCAGUUCCUGGCAGCGAGCAGGUGAGGGGAUACAGAUUCUACCAUCGAAGAGGGGAGCAGAUCUCUGAGCUGGAUGAGGGGCCUUGGCUGGAGCGUAUAGCUAUGACUGGGAAUGCUGGGGCGUACUCCUGUGCCUAUUGGAUAAUCCGAUCUGGGCAAGCGAUCCUGUCAGGGAAGAGUGACUCUGUCUCCAUCACCGUGAGUGUUCCUCCUCUGGCCCCCAAACUCUCUCUGCACCCCAAGCUCCCUGUGUACCUGCCCGGGGAGAAGGUCACCCUCAACUGCUCAGCACCCCAUGGCGAGGAGGUGGUGGGGUUCAGGUUCCACCAGCACAGAGGGGAUCACACCCCUGAAGAGCUGCCAGCUGCCAGCGGGGGGCACUGGAUGGACCUCACAGCGCAGAUGGGGAAUGACGGCUCCUACACCUGUCAGUACUGGAGACGGGAGGCCGGGCAGGAGAUUGUAUCCGAGAACAGUAACAGCAUCACUGUACCAGUGUCAGACUCCCUUCCCCAGCCAUUGCUAAUAGUGGAUCCCUCAUCUGGAGUGGUGAGCGAAGGGCUCCCCCUGCUCAUCACCUGCAUGGCCCCUGGUGACCUAGGUGCGUGGAGCUUUCACUUUUACAAGGACGGAACUGAGAUUGUCCCCAGAGAUAAGGCGUCUGAUAUCAGCACCAUGAAGUCUGUCGCUGGCUCUAUGAACAUCUCUGUGCUCAGCAUCCCACAGGCUGGUCCUAACAACACUGGGGAAUUCACCUGUGGGUAUGAGAAGAACCUGAGCGGGAGGUGGAUCCAGUCGUCCAGGAGCCAGGCUGUGACUGUUACCUGGAAUGUCACCAGGAAUUACAACUGGAGAGGCUGGGCUCUGCCCCUCCCCUUGGUGGCUGGUUGCGGUGGUGGAGGAGCCAUUCUGGGACUACUGGCUCUGCUUGGCUGCUGCUGCAGAAGGAAAAAGAAAGCUACCGGUAGCAGCAAGACAGCAACUGGGGUCAUCGAUAUCCCUCCCAACACAUAG